CUGGCGAAGGCGGCCUGAGCUCUGGGGUAGCCUGCUUUCUUCGGGACUCUCUUUCCACCGCGGUCAGCAUGAAAGCCUUCAGUCUGGUAAGGUCCGUUAGAAAAAACAGUCUGUUGGACCAGAGCUUGGGCAUUUCCUGGAGCAAAACCCAGGUGGACGACCCUAUGAGCCUGCUGUACAACAUGAACGACUGCUACUCCAAGCUCAAGGAGCUAGUGCCCAGCAUCCCCCAGAACAAGAAGGUGAGCAAGAUGGAAAUCCUGCAGCAUGUCAUUGACUACAUCUUGGACCUGUAGAUCGCCCUGGACUCACACCCCACUAUUGUCAGCCUGCACCACCAGAGACCCGGGGAGAACCAGGCGUCCAGGAUGCCACUGACCACCCUGAACACGGACAUCAGCAUCCUGUCCUUACAGGCUUCUGAAUUCCCUUCUGAGUUAAUGUCCAAUGACAGCAAAGCACUCUGUGGCUGAAUAAACAGUGUUCAUGACUUUUUUUUUUCUUUGCACAACAACAACAACAA